AUGGCAACUUUCUCGAAUGCCUCGGAGGCUUUUUACGAUGAUCUGUCAGGCACAUCUCCAAGGGCAUUUAGGAACCCUCAAAUGGGUCGUCAAGGAAGGUCUGAUGGAUACGGAGGCAUCAACCCUCCCAUGUUCGCCCACGAACCCUCCGUGCCAUCCAUGCGUUUUGAUAACAUGAGGGAUGCCUUUGGAGCUCCGAUGCAAAACCCGAGUGGUGGAAACGUGCACUUCCCCUAUGAUCCAGGAGCUGCGCAAACUUGGGCUUCAGGAGGUGGGCCACCACAAUCUUUCGGCAAUGGAAUGGGAGGCAUGCCUCAGAACUCCAACUAUGGACCCUCCCGCACUGUCAAGCCCAGUCGAGGUCGCGCCGCCAUUUCGAACCUCUGGUAUGAUCAGCCUGGCCAAAUGCAACAACAAUCACAACAUCCUACCAUUGUCGGCCCACGCGGACCACCUUCAAGCCGUAACGACCCUCACGAAGAUGACGACGAAUUGAUCCCGACCGCCAUCGUCAUAAAGAACAUCCCUUUUGCUGUGAAGAAAGAGCAGCUUGUUCAGUUGAUGGUUGACAUGAAUUUACCACUUCCGUACGCGUUCAACUACCACUUUGAUAAUGGUGUCUUCCGUGGCCUAGCAUUUGCCAACUUCACCUCACCUCAGGAGACUGAACAAGUCAUCCAAGCACUCAACCAUAUGGAUCUAAGCGGUCGCAAGUUGAGGGUUGAGUACAAGAAGAUGCUUCCACUUCAAGAGCGGGAGCGCAUUGAACGGGAAAAGCGUGAACGUCGGGGCCAACUGGAGGAACAACAUCGACCAGGGCCACAACAAACCCAGCUUCACAAUCAACUAUCAUUGUCUUCUAUUCCCAGGGACACGCCAUCGCCAUUGUCACAUCGUGGCGGUAAACCCGAUAUUGACAUGAAUGACCCUAAGACGCUGGAGUUCUACACCGACAUGACACUCUUCAAACGGGACACGUCUCGUGAAGUUCUCAUCUUUCCACCAACAUUGGAACCGCAUCAUCGCCGCAUUGUCCAUACUCUCGCCCAUCAUAUGGGUCUGGCGCACUCCUCGCGUGGUAGUGGUGAACAGCGACAGGUUCACAUUCACCGGCCUGGCCCCGGUACCAACAUCAGUCCUCCACUGCCAGGAGCCUUUGGUCCUGAUGGCAUGCGCCAGACUCUCGGACGAUCCUCUACCGCUGACUUCAGCGAGGGCAGACCAUAUGAAGGUCCUGUCUUCAACACACUCCGCGGCCAAGCUUCGGUGGGAUUGUUGGACGUCGAUGCGAACGCCUAUGGUCGCGUUGCAGACAACAACCUCCGAAAUGCCAAGUCGUUUGCCGAUUUGCGAUCCUGGAGCCCUUCCCCUGUACCGUCCUCAGCAAGCUUCCCAGCAGCUCUGCAGACUAACGGAGCCCGCCUUCAGGCACUUAACGACCCAGCCGGUACUAAUGGCACCCCAACUGUGACACCCACCGCGUCCUCUAACCCAGGCCCAGGUGUCAACCGGGAUGAGCCAUUCCUCAUCUCUGGCUUCUCCAACCUCACCAUCAACAACAACGGAAACCAGACAAGCCCACGACGCCAAAGAAGCUUUUUUGGAAAUGGAGCUGAAUGGGAAAAUAAUCAAGGCUACCAAGCUACCGCCCCGAUUGGUAGCAAGCGGACUGUCAGCAUCGGACCUGACAAUGGAUCCCAGAAUGCUAAUCCCAUGCGUCAAUCACGCGGCCCUGGUGCCAAUAACGCCAUUGGCUUCCGUCGCCAGAAUGGACGUGGCAGUGACGAACUGAGAGCGGCCGCUUCUGCGAUCGCCGAAUGA